AUGAAGCCGAGAAAAAAUAAAAAACGAGUUCCAAGCUUUCGCAAGUUGCUGAAAACUAGUAAAGUAAAACUUGACAACAAGUUAAAGAAUAAACAGUUUAAGCAGCAGAGCAUUGCUAAGAAAUAUCGAAAAGAGCAAAGAAAACUUAGGCAAGCUGUCAAAGAUGUUACAUCCAGAACAUCUGUUCCAUUGGAAGAAAACAAGAAAAAACAUGCAGCUGAAAGAGAGGAGGAAGAGGAAGCUCUUCCACUGGAUAUGAUGGAUGAAGAUGAUCUGAAAUUAAUGGAAGAUUUAGCUCAAAAAGCAUCAUUUGUAACAAGAGACCUUUCUUCUAGUGAACCUGUUCAUGCUAAGAAACGAAAACAGGAAAGCGUGAUUGACAGAUAUGAGAAAAUGCCAAGGCGCAUGCAGACUGAGCCAGAAAAAGAACUUAUUCACCUGCUUCCUAUCAAAGACAAAAGUGGCAUUAUUCCACAAACAAUGGAAAAGCCAGUCAUCAGUGUUGCUGAGAAUGAAGAGGAGGAAGACACAGAAGAAAUGGAGGUGGUAGAAGAAUCUAGUGAAGAACCCCAGCCUGUGCUCACUUCAGAUGAACUGCUAAUUCAAAGGAGGAGGAAGCUGCAGGAGAAGAAGAUACACAUUGCAGCCUUAGCAGCUGCCAUUCUGUCUGACCCAGAAAACAGCAUAAAGAAGCUGAAAGAGUUGCGUGCCAUGCUAAUGGAACAAGACCCCAAUGUGGCUGUGAUUGUUCGGAAGCUGGUGAUGGUUUCUCUGAUGGAAAUAUUCAAAGAUAUUACUCCUUCUUACAAAAUUCGGCCUCUGACUGAAGCAGAAAAACAUACUAAGGUUAGAAAAGAAACUCAGAAACUAAGAGAGUUUGAAGAAGGCCUUGUGAGCCAGUACAAGUUUUAUUUGGAAAAUCUGGAACAAACAGUUAAAGACUGGAAGCAAAGGAAGCUGAAGAAAAGUAACGUGAUCUCAUUAAAAGCAUAUAAAGGUCUGGCAGAGAUUGCAGUCAAGUGUCUGUGUGAGCUUCUUGUGGUGCUGCCUCACUUCAAUUUCCACAAUAACAUCAUUGUCCUGAUUGUACCUCUCAUGAAUGACACAUCAAAAUUGAUUUCUGAAAUGUGCUGUGAAGCUGUAAAGAAGCUCUUUAAACAAGACAAACUGGGCUCUGUUUCUCUGGGUGUCGUUAAGGUGAUUUCUGGCCUUGUAAAGAGCAGAAAUUAUGAUGUUAGACCUGAGGUGCUAAAAAUAUUCCUUCAUCUAAGAAUUAAAGAAGUAGAAGUAAAAAAAGACACAGAAGACAUUACUGCAAAGAAAAAGUUCAUGUCCUCUAAGGAGAAAAGGAAAAAUCUUUCAAGGAUGCAAAGAAAGUGGAAGAAAGCAGAAGAGAAGUUGGAACGAGAACUCCUGGAAGCAGAAGCCUCAGAGAGUAAAGAAAAAAAACUGAAACUGCACACAGAGACUCUGAAUAUUGUAUUUUUAACUUACUUCAGAAUACUGAAGAAAGUACAGAAAUCCCCUCUUUUGCCUGCAGUACUGGAAGGUCUUGCAAAGUUUGCCCAUCUCAUAAAUGUAGAAUUUUUUGAUGACCUGUUGGUUGUUCUACAUUCUCUCAUUGCAUCUGGGGAUCUAAGCUAUCGGGAGAGCCUUCAUUGCGUUCUCACUGCUUUUCAUAUUCUGUCUGGCCAAGGUGAUGUUCUUAACAUUGACCCUUUGAAGUUCUACAGUCACCUUUACAGGACACUAUUUAGGCUACAUGCAGGUGCUACAAAUGAUGACAUGGUGAUAGUGCUUCAGUGCCUGGAUGUAAUGCUUACCAAACGUAGGAAACAGGUUUCUCAGCAACGAGCCCUUGCUUUCAUAAAGCGACUUUCCACACUUGCUCUCCAUGUCCUUCCAAAUUCCAGUGUUGGGAUCUUGGCAACCAACAGAAUAUUGAUGCAAACGUUCCCAAAAACAGACCUCCUGCUAGACAAUGAGGCUCAAGGUAGUGGACUUUAUCUACCAGAACUGGAUGAGCCAGAGUGUUGCAAUGCUCAGAACACAGCUCUGUGGGAAUUACAUGCGCUACGGAGACACUAUCAUCCGACAGUACAGAAAUUUGCAGAUCACCUUAUUGCUGGAGCUCCAGCUGAAGGUUCAGAAGCUCUCAGACCAGAUCUGAGCCGAAGAUCUGGCACAGAACUUUUUGAGACAUAUAAUAUGAAAGGAAUGACUUUUAAUCCUCCUGUAGCAUCAGUUACACCUAGAAAAAAGGAUAAAUUUUUACAAGGGGAUUCAUUUCUAAAUGAAGAUUUAAAGGAAUUGAUUCAGACACAUCUCAAUGAGGCUGCUGUUCACAGACCCUUGGAUUUUGCUAAACACUUAAAGGAAUCAUCCCUAUCAUAAGUCCACAGAUCCAUAUGAUGGCAUUCAGCCUGAACUGCCAAGGAGGCAGAACCACAGCUAUCCAUCCAUCAAACCCAUUAAUAUAUAUCUGUGGACUUGUAUUCUUGAAGAAAGGAAACCUAUGGGUAAACAGGACAAAUUUUCCUAUUAACCAAACAGCUUGAUGUUAAAUCUGUUUAUGGUGUUUUAAAUAAGUUAAAGCAGUUUAACACAAGAGUAAUAGCUCUAUAUAAUUUCAUUUUGGGGGAUUUGUAGGCUUAUAAAAAUGGAAAGCUUAUGUGCUUCCUCUACUUUUGUCUGUGACCAAAACAACAUGAAUGCAAUUAACUAAUGCAGAACGUAAUGUGUUGUUGAUUAAUCUUCCCUGUUCUUUAAAACUUAAAUAAAUUGAUGUACAUUAAUGAAAAAAACACCCUAAUUCAAUAUAAUCAGUUUUGGAAAAUUCUACCAUGCCCACCUCUGUAAAAUGAUAUUUUUUUUUAAACUGAACAUGCAAAAUGCUAGGUUUUCUCAUUACCGCUAUGCUUUUAAGUAGGUGUUGUCCUGCGACUGGUAAGUAUUCAUGACAAUUGGGCAAGGCUAAAAUAAGAGAAAAUGUCCUCAUGGAUAAACUACAUCCUGCAGUA